GCCUCCCCGACUACGCCAACCGCCUCUGUUCCUCCCUCGCUCUCCCUUCGCAAACCCCCGGCACCGCCUCGGCAAGAGCGAGCCGGCCACCCCUCCUCCCUUCUGCUCCGGCGCUCACCCAACGUGUGCGCCGGCAUUUCUAGACCGCCGCCACCUAUAAGUAGGCCACUCCCGAUCCCCGCGGGUCGCGACUGCACCCCAUCACCCAGACACCCACCUUCAAGGAAGUCGUAGAAUCCAGAGCAAGAAAGGGCAGGCGGGAGCCGGGAGGGCCGACGCACGGAGGGCGGACCUCCAAGAAACCGCCACGCUCCGCUGCGGAGCUCCAUAGGGAGGACAGAGCCGGAUCCGGGAGGGCCGACGCACGCACGGAGGGCGGAGCUCCAAGAAACCGCCGGGCUCUGCUGCGGAGCGAGGGCAGAGCGGGAGCCGGGAGGGCCGACGCACGGAGGGCGGAGCUCCAAGAAACCGCGGGCUCCGUUGUGGAGCUCGAUAGGGAGGGCUUGGAGGUUAGUUUUCUCCGCGCAGUGCUGGUGUUUUGGGCUUGAUUCUGCGGUUCCCGGUUCAUGGUCUUUCAUAUUUGGAGGAGUUGUUACUUCUGAAAUCUCCCUAUUCGAUCAAGCUGCGUCUGAGGGUUGAGAAAUUUGGGGAUGCGGCGAGGCCGGCAAGGUUUCAAGCCCAGCCUUCACUGCUCAACCUGAUUGAUUCGCAUUAGUUUGCCUUUAAUUCUCAUGGACAGUGGCGAGCCAAGAACUUUGAAGGUCACAGGUAUGCUACCCGAAGGGUCAGACAAGGGGUUUAAAGGCUGCACUAAGAACUCCCCUGCAGAGAGAUCUCUUGGAGGCCACAUGUCGUGCCACAGGCUUGCUGGCAUGCAGUCUAAGAGCACACCACGCCCUGCUGUACUUGGGAUGGUUCCACCAGGACCGAAGAUGUUUAGCUGCCCGAGCUGCGGCAGAGAGUUUCAAAGCAAGGGUGCCCUUGGGGGUCACAGGAGCCGUGGCCACUGCCAUCCCAACGUGGCAGGGCAAAAGGCUAAAAAGCCAGAAGUUUCCAAGAUCCUAUCAGGUGUGGCUUUAAACGCGACAAGAAGGUACUAUUGCAAAAACUGCGGCGAGGGUUUUGAUACUUUCCAAUUUAUUGGCUGGCAUAAGGCUAAAUGCAAUGAUGUGGUUCAGUGUGGGCCUGAGAAAUAUUAUUACAAAUAUUGCGGGCAGGACUUCCCCAGAUCACGCUCCGCCUCAAGCCAUAUGGGUAGAUGCAAAUACAAGAAUGCUCCACACGCCUCUUCAAGGCACGUACUUGCGUCUGAUGCUGAUGAUGACGCUGUGGACAUCUUAGAUGCAGAGGAGGCCAACCCUCAAGGUUAAGACAACAAAUUAACAAGACCACUACAAUGGCUCUUCUAGCUCAUCAAGACCUCGGUUUUGCUGUUGUUCAGUAGGAGUAUGGUUUGAACACAGGAAGUUUACACCAACGGGAUUGGUUUUUGUAUUGUAACACAAAAGGAUGAUAACGGACCAGAUCUGGACAUAGAUUUGAGAGGCACCUGUGAUGUAAAAUCAUCGAAACAGGAGAAGUCGAUCUGUAACUCUAUAUUGUAAUGAUUCACACAAGACACGACAGAUAACUAGCGGGAUUUUUUUUUGUAUCAAAAUCAUGUCUACGAUUGACACAA